AUGAACGCCCCGCUGGCCCUCAGUGCCAGUUACCAGGCCUACCCCGCAGGGGUGGCGGCCGGCCUGGCCUUCCCGGAGUAUUGCUGGCACUCCCCGGAGGAGGACGAGGAGGAGGAGGACGAGCUCGAGGCGGGGCCGGGCUCCGAGGAGAAGAAGGGACCCCUCCAGGACGCAGUGUUGUCUCCAGAUUUUUCUCCAGUGACCUCCACCUCCGGGCUCCUGGUCCACUAUGCCCCAGACUCUGCCACCAGCCCCAACGGGCACCCCUCUUCCCCGCACCCAUCUUCUGCCCCCCAGAGAUGCAAGGCAGACAGCGAGAGGGGGGGCAAGAAGAACAAGAGCCGGACGACCUUCUCCCAGGAGCAGCUCCAGGUCCUGCACCUCCGCUUCCAGAAUCAGAAGUACCUCAGCCCGCAGCAGAUCCGGGAGUUGGGCUCAGCUUUGGGCCUCACCUACAAACAGGUGAAGACGUGGUUCCAGAAUCAACGGAUGAAGUUCAAGCGGACCCAGAAAGAAACUCUGUGGAUGAAGAAGGGGGUGUGCCCACCUCAGGCCAGCUGCAUGGACUACAUUCCUCCUCCUCCUCCUCCGCAAGACUACUCCGUGACUCCUACCCGGAGCAUCCACUCUUUGGCCAACGUGCACGAGGGCUGCGCCAGCAACCAGAGCUACAGCGGCGGGCAGAACUACCCCAAUGACUACGGCCAGCUGUACGGCAGCCCCCAGAGCUUCUACUCCAUCGUGGGAGGAGACAACGGUGGGGGCUUCUUCGGGAAAGGUGGCGGCGGCACCUGUUACGGCCAGCAGGCGAUCGGAUACAUCAGCCAGCAGAAGAUGAACUUCUAUCACGGCUUCUCGACGAGUGUGGAAUAUGCGGCGGUGAAGAUGGAAGAUGGCUACCCCUUCCCGAACGGAUCGCCCGCGGCGGCCGCGCUCCCGGAUUCCUCUGCCCUCCAGCAUUACCAGACCCCUUUGCAGAUUCUGGGAGCACAGACCGACCUUAACCCCUAG